AUCCCACGUGUUUCUGUGUGCGUGUUUAUUGCUGUUUAUAUUUGAUGCGGUUUGUGUUGCUGCGUGAUUAUUAGAAGAGAAUUAAGAUGCAUCAGACCGAGGACAGUGAUGAUGAUGGCAUGGACGAGUUCAUGGAGAAGUUUAAAACUCAAAAAUAUAAAAACGCCUUCAGUGAAAACAACUGGCAGGAGGAGUUCGAUAAGAUCCCGAUGUUCAUGAAGUCGGCUCCGGAGGAGAUCGACCCCGUAAAGCAUCCCGAUCUGGCCUGCAUCCAGUCCAUCAUACAUGAUGAUGAUCGACCACCGGAAGAACAAGCCAGGAGUCUGAAGGACGAGGGAAACGAGUAUUUUAAGGAGAAGAACUAUGAGAAAGCCGUGCUGUCCUACACGGCCGGGCUGAAGAAGAACUGCACGGACGCCGACCUGAACGCCGUUCUUCAUACCAACCGCGCUGCCGCCCAGUUUCACUUAGGAAACAUGCGGUCAGCAUUGAAUGAUGCAUCUGCUGCGAGGAAACUGAAACCAGAUCACAUUAAAGCUAUAAUCAGAGGUGCUCAGUGCUGCAUAGAGCUGCGUAAUCAUGCAGACGCGUUACGCUGGUGUGACCAGGGUCUCAGGAUGCAACCCACCGAUAAGAAACUGCAGGAGCUCAGAGCCACCGCCGACAAACAGAAGAGGGCGGCAGACAGAGACGCCCGAAAGGCCAAAGCUCAAGAGAAAAAACAGCAGGGUGAAAGAAGUGCAUUACUGGCUGCUAUUAAGGAUCGCGGCAUCAGACUUCGGAAGGAGGAAAAGCCCCGGGGCGGCGGCUCCGACAGCGAGGAGGACGGCGAUGAAACAGGAUCGAGUCUGGACGGACUGGGUUCUCAGGAAGCCACUGGAGCUCAGGUGUACCUGGAUGAGCAGGGCGCCCUCCACUGGCCGGUUCUGUUCCUGUAUCCCGAGCACCAACAGACCGACUUCAUCUCCGCCUUCUGUGAGAACUCCAGUUUUAUAGAUCACAUAGCAGUCAUGUUUGGAGAGGAGCUGCCACCGUGGGACACAGACAGAAAAUAUCAUCUACUAAAUCUUCAGGUGUUUUUUGAAGAUCAUGACAGUGGGCACCUUUACGAAGUGAAUCCAGAGACCUCUCUUCUCCAAAUCCUACAGCACCCACGGUUCUCAGUGAAGGCAGGAACGCCGAGCUUCAUCCUGCUGGUAACAGGAUCAGCGUUUAGGAAACAGUUUCUAUCAGGAAAGAAAGUCAGCAUAGCAAAAUGAGUAGCGUAAUUAUGCUCUUUAAGCUAUGUUGGCUAUACACUGUUCAGCCAAAAGUAUGUGGACACAUAACCACGACCUAACUGGACGUCCCGUUCCAAAAUCAUGGGUGUAAGUGGAGUGUUGUGGUGCUGGUCCUCACUUUGCAAAAUGCUCUGUUCUUGCAGGGCUGUUCACAAUGUUUUGAAGUGUGUCUGUAGGAAUUUCUCCCCAUGAGAUACCGUAAGAGCAUCUUUAAGUCCAAGCUCUCAUGCUGAACACAAGGUUUUAUUCCAUUCUGGGCUGUUCAGGGCCCCUGAGUAAGGCCCUACACCUUAAAUUGGUACAAUUAUGCCUGAAUGCCGUAAACUUGCUCAUCCGAGGGUGGUAGUGCCUAAGGGAUUACUCAUAAGUGCUGCAGUUACGCCCUCUGCUGGCUGACCGAUGGUGCUGCACGGAGACGGGGGAUAAUGGAGAUCGGUGCGUGCCACUAGCGGUCAGUACGGCACACGUGAGCAAGCGCACAUUCAAACUGGAACAGGGAAGGUCCUGCUUGAAGUAUAUUUAUUGUCAAUCAUUUUUAUACACCUGUUAGGACCUGCGUGGCUGAAACGCCUCAAUAAUCGAAAAAACUCAAUAAUCAAAAGGGGCGUCCACAUACUUCUGGCUCUAUAGUAUAGCAGCAGUGGAUGAGAAAAAGCAUUUCAGAUCAUUUACAGACUGAGAACGUUUCCCAGUGGGCUGUGAGUGCACCAAUAAGAACAGAACUAAGUGCACAAUGUAUUUACCAGUGACUGUAACACCAGUUGGAUAGAUUUUAAAUAAAUUCCUUUUACUAAUUUAACAA